GUUGCUCUCAGGCACAGGAGCAGCUGCAAAGCAUUUUUUUUCCAGCCGGUGCGUUGUCAGGUCCAGCCAACCAGCCAGUACACUGGGAGAAAAAGUAGGCUACUCUUGUGCUUUUUGGAGUGGCAUCUGAUCCUGCCUUCAUCAGAACCAAAGCUCGUGUGUAACGUGCCAGAGGAAAUGUCAGACCAAACAGAGGAGCUAACCAACAAGCCCUUCACGGCCCAGUUGUCCAAUGUUUACCUCAGCAUCUUGGCACUGUUCUGCUUUAAGCUCUUUGUUAAGAUUUCUCUCAACUUGCUGACAUACUUCUACAUUGUCCGUGGGAACCGUAAAGAGGCGGCCAGGAUAUCAGCAGAGUUCUAUGAUUAUGGUCAACAACACAGAUCCUGGGCAGACCGGUCACCCCUCCAUGAUGCUGCAAGUCAGGGCCGCCUCCUGGCCCUGAGGACCCUCAUUUUACAGGGUCACAAUGUGAAUGUUCUGACUAUAGACCAUGUGACGCCGCUUCAUGAGGCCUGUCUUGGAGACCACGUCGCUUGUGCCCGAGCUCUCAUUGAUGCAGGAGCAAAUGUCAAUGCUUCUACAAUUGAUGGAGUCACCCCUCUGUUCAACGCCUGUACAGUGGGCAGUGUAGCAUGCACUGAAAUUCUGUUAGAAAAUGGAGCAAAACCUCAGAGUCUCAUGUACCAUCCCUCACCCAUCCAUGAAGCUACCAGCAAAGGUCAUUACGGUUGUGUGGAGGCUCUGGUGACUUGGGGGGCAGAUGUGGACAUGGACAUUCCUCACCUGGGCACAGCACUCUAUACAGCCUGCGUCUGCCAAGAGCUGGAGUGUGCCAGGAAACUCCUGAGGGAAGGUGCCAAUGUACAGAAAGGCAAAUCCCUGGAUUCGCCUCUACAUGCAGCUGCAGAGAAAGACUGCACAGCGGUAGUGAAGCUGCUGCUCGACUUUGGUGCAGACAUUAAUGCCAGGAACACAGAGUGUCAGAGGCCAGUAGAUGUGGCGCCACCCAGCAGUCUUACAGAGGGCUUCCUAUUGCUCUAUGAAGCUACACCACGACUUCUGAGCCAGCUGUGUCGUCAGUGCAUCAGGAACUGCGUCGGCCGUGACAGACUCCAUCUUCUUUCCCACCUCCCCCUGCCCAACAGACUAAGAAACUACCUGCAGUACCAAUGAUAGACAGAACAACCAAACUGUCUAAAUGGGACUCAGAAAGACGCCUUUGACAUAAACAACACAUCAACUCCAUGAGCUCUUCCCACUUUUAAUGUUAGUUGCCAGAAAUGCAGUAAGAAUAAUUAAUUGAAAUUAGUCAAAGAGCAGCCACUGAGUAGAUGACAGUACCAAGCUGUGUUGUAUGUGUGGACCUGGAUGAAUGUGAAGCAGGAUACUGCUACUAAAAGAAGCCUGCAGGCUUAGCCUUGGAUAUAUAAUGAAAAAAAAUAACAAUAAAAAAAUACAUAUUUAUUUACUAUUCAGAUUUGCGGUGUUUAGAAGAUAUCUUGAUAGUUGCAACAGCUACAAGUGAGUGGUACACUUUGAUAAGAUUAUAAUGCCACAUAAAUACACAAAAUAUAUGUAUGAUUGAGUAUUCUUAGUUUUGCAUUUGAUACCUAAUGCACUGCACAUGACUAGGAAAUUAAAUUUAUUUUUGAAACCUAGCGCAUUCCAAAAUUUGUUGUUUUUCCAAGAUACAGUGCUGUGUUACUGGUGUUUGAUGUAGAAGUGCAGUGGGAUAUUUACGUAUCCAAAAAUACUAAAACAAAAAUAGUUGACAAGUUUAAGCUUGGAUUACUGAGUACUGACAACCCGCGGAGGCUGACCUUAUCGGAAAGACUCAGAUGGAAAAUAUGAGUGGGUGGAGCAGCAAGUGUUUGUUUCUAUUGCUGAGACAUUACUACUACUGUAAUAAUGCUCCAAAGACAUUAUGAACUAAAUAAUCAUAUAUAUAAAGUAGCAGAAUGAAAUAAUAUUUAAUAAUAUUGAACUGAGUUUUAAAUUUCUAUUGAAUGAUUUCAGUUCUAUGAUUACAUUACCUGGCUUCAUUGAUAAAUAAGACAAUAAGAAACCAUUUUAUUUAUUUAUUUGGCACUUAGCGCUUCACUUUAAGUUCUCCUUUUUAGUAUACCACUAGUUGGUAUACAAACAUUUAAUAAACAGUUUAUAAACAAGUAAAGUAUUUGUCUGUGGUUAUAACUUCUCCUAUUGAAGGCAUAUUUUAUAGUAUUACAACUGUGUUUUACUAUAUUGUCAUUUAUUAUCUGUUAAUACAGCAGCCUACACGUAUGGGUAUCCACA